CUCUUUUUCAUAUCCACAAAAAAAUACAAACACUCUCUUUACGUCCUCCGACGUACAUUGUUAGCCAGUAGCAGAAAGAAAUUUCAUCUCACAAUUUAUUAUACACAGAGUCAAGAUCAAAAUGAGUCAUAAGAAGCUGUUACUUACGAUAUUCGCAAUAUCAUUUUCCUUUUUAAUGCUGGCAGAUGAGACGCUCGCCUGCUCGUGUAUGCCAUCUCAUCCGCAAACAAGUUAUUGCAAUGCAGAAUAUGUGAUUGUUGCUAGAAUUCUCCGAAGAUCCAAUCGUAAAAUUAACAAUCAUCAUGUCUAUAAAAUUGAUAUUGUAAAAUCAUAUAAGGCAUCUGAGAAAGCACAGCAAUAUCUAAAACAGUCGAGAUUAAUUACAGCUCCAAAUGAUGGACUUUGCGGAAUUAAUUUCAAAAUCGGACAACUUUAUGCCAUCGCUGGUAACUCACAGAAAAUUGGAUUAUGUCAAUAUGUCAAAGAAUAUUCGAAAAUGACACAAGUUGAGAAGCGUGGCAUAGCUGGAGCAUACAAAAAAGGUUGUGGAUGCGAGAUCAACUUGUGCGUGAACAACAUGAAUUGUCAAACAGCACCCAGAAGUUGUGAUUGGUCACUGUUUAACGAGUGUGAAACUGACUACGGCAUCUGCGUGCCAAUCAAGAGUUCAAAGAUUCAAUCAAAACAAACAAAAUGUCAAUGGAGACGCAGCCCUUUAUACCAAUCAUGUCUUCUUGAUCCAUAAAUGACUUGCGAACUACAAAAACCAUUGAGGACUAUGUUACAUAACACGAAGAUGAUAAAAUUAUAAAAAAAGAAAGGUUUUUUAUAUAUAAAAAAAAAUAAAUUUAACAUUAAAGCUAUGUAUGUACAUUAACGAACACAUUUGGAACUUUAAGAUAAGUUUCAUUAAAUUUAACGAAGUUUUUUUUUUACUUUUUUGAUUUCAACUCUCAAAAACCUAUUUAUUUGCUAUUAUUAUUACUGUUAUGAUUAUUAUACUGUGGUAUUUUCUUGAAAAAACAUACAAAAAAUAUUUUAUUUUUAAAGGAAAUUUUAUGUUUUAUUUUACUCAAAACAAAAAAUUGUGAAAAAAAAUCGUUGUUCCAUCAAGAUUCAGAGUUGUUUGAGUGAUGAGGGAUUAGGUCAGGAUUUGGUGUGGAAUGAACUUCAAGAUCAUCUUGAUUCGAUCUUCUGAAGAUCUUGUAAAAGGUUUAUAACAAGUUGAUUUAGACCCUAAUAUCAAAUAUCCUUCUAAUGUAAGCUAAGACCUCCCAAACCAUUAACUACAGAGUCAGAAACCAGAAAAGAUACAUCAAAAACGUUAAAACCACCACAAAAGAAAUCAAAACCACAAAGAAAAAACUUUCCAUCCGCAACUCU